AUGCAACAUAAUAACCUUUUGUUUGGCUUGCUCAUAGUUGUGGCAACUACCCAAGCAGCGGUGGUUCUAGCGCAGGUUCACGAGGGUUGGGGUAUCCGGACAGAACCUGGCCAAGUUACAAGCGAUCGAAUGCUCAAGACCGGAUACGCCGCGGAACUUCUUUCGAUAUUUGUUUUGGGCUGCUCCAAGAUAUCGACAUGUCUAUUCUACGAUACCCUCUUUUCCCAGAUACAGAAGUGGUUUAUCCGCGCCAAUCUAGUUGGAAUGGUUGCUUGGACAAUUCUUUCCGUGGUACUACUAGCAGUCCGCUGUAGCCAUAACCCAUGGGCUGAUAUUAGCGCCGCUCAAUGUAGUAGUCUGUUACCCCGAUGGCAAGCGAUCACAGCGAUUGACAUCGCCACCGAGGCAUCCCUUUUUGUGUAUACUGCGGUCGCAGUGCACACAAUCCAGAUAUCAACAAGGAAAAAGCUAGUGGUAUUCAUAGCCCUCCAGACCCGAAUACUUCUCAUUCCCCUCGCCGGUCUCCGCCUAUACUAUACAAAAUUACAAAUCACCUCAGAUGACCCAAUCCUCGUUGGCGCCUUUGCAACCGUAGUAGCGGAGAUCUACCUUUCGAUAAGCGUAUUAUGUGUUGUGAGCGCAUUCUUCAAAUCUUUCAUCGCCGCCUACGAAGACGGAAACGGUAUCUCCUACACAAAUGGAACUUCUGGAUCGCAGUCAAAAUCAAGGCGGUUGGACUCGAGGAAUACAAUUACGCACAAGGAAAACAAUGAUGGUUCGGGUGUUCUGCGUGGCUGGGAAAGAGAGGAGGAUCCCAUUAUCAACCCCACCGAUGGGAAGAGUGGGUUGAAGAUUUACACGUCAGUCCAUUUCAGUGUUAGGGGGGAAAAUAUUGAGCUCGGCAAUCGCGAAAGUGCUGAAGGGCGCUGUGAAGGAUUUUAA